AUGAAUGAAUUAUCAGUAAAUGAUGCAUUAGAUGAGAUUGAAUCAGAAUCUUUUGAUUUUAUAUGGGAAGAAUGGGAAGAAUAUAAAGGGGAUGUGCCAUUGUGGCAACAUAUAUUUUGUGGUAGUGUUGCUGGAUUAAUGGAGCAUGUUUUUAUGUAUCCGUUAGAUACUAUGAAAACUUAUUUUCAAACAAAUAAUAAUUUAAAAUGUAAAGAAAAUUUAGAGAAUUGUAACUUGUAUAGUUGCCGUAAUAACUGUAAAGAAUUAAGUACACACAAAAAUAUACAUAUUGAUAAGAGAAACUUUUGUUCUUCAAUUGGGUGCGGUAAUUGCUUGAAUAAAACUUGUAAUUACGAAAAUUCUUGUAAUAUUAAAAUGAUAUCACAUUAUAAUAAAAAGAAAAUUAGUUACUCAAAUGUAUUAGAGUUAUUAAAAAAAAAAAGUAAAAUAAAUAAAUUUCAUUACAAUAAUUCAAAUUUGUACAACGAAAAUAUAAGCCAUAUAGUAAAUAAAAAAUUACAGAAUAAUAAUAAUUACUAUAAUAAAAAAAUUAAUAGAUACAUCAAUAAUAAUAAAUGUGUUAAUUCUUAUUGUAAAUAUUUAUUAAAUUUAAAAAAAAAUGGACAAAAUUCAUGUGAUACUCCUCAAGAAAAACCAAACAGAAAUUUGUUGUAUAAAUGCAAAAAUAAAAGAAUUAAUCAUUUAAAAAGAAAUAUUAAUAACUUAGAAAGUCCUUUGGGUAAAAAUGUUAUGAGAAAAAUGGAGAAAUUAUCAAAUAUCUAUAAUAACAACAUGAACAAUAAUAUUAAAAAAUUGCAGCGUAAUGUUAAAAAACAAUUCACUUUACUUUCUUUUAAUAAUAAGGAAAAAAAAAUGUACUGCUCAAAAAAAGUUACAUCAAAAAUUAUUUUAAAAAAAGACAAAAAAAAACAUAAAUGUAGUAUCAAUUAUUACAAAUAUUCGUUGAAUAAUAAUAAUAUAAAAAAUUACUAUAAAAAAUUAAAGUUAUUGAAUACAUUUGUAAAUAUAAAACAGAAUAAUUAUAUUCAUAUAGAAAAUAAUCUUUUUAAUUUUUUUGUUAAUAAAAAUAAUUUAACAUUGAUGAAUAAUUUAAAGAAAAUAUAUGUUUAUAUUUUGAAUAAGUGUUAUAGUAUUAAUAAUUGUAAUAGUAAUCAUAAAAGAAAAGAUCUUUUAAAAUUUCCAUUUCAAAAUUUUUUAUAUAAUGGAAAUAAAAAUGUUUCUAAUAUGUUAAAUAGUUCUUUAAAUUUUUUUAAAAAAACGAAUUAUUUUAGUUUGAAUUAUAUAUUUAAAAAAAAUUUUAUAUAUAAAAAUUAUUAUGUGAAUAUUUUAAAUGCACAAAAGAAAAAAAAUCAUUUAGGUUCUUUUAUGCACUUAUUUCAGAAUAUGAGGAAUUUUUUAAACUAUCAUACAUAUAAAAAUAUAACAUCAGGAACCAAGAAAAUAAUUAGAAAAAAAUAUCUAUUUUCUAUUUUAAGUAAUGAUAAAAACAUCUUAUUAAAUGAUAUAUGUUAUUUUACAAAAAAUAAUAAUGCAAACUUAUUUAAUAAAAAUAUUAUUUCUUUAAGUAAAUAUAAUCUUUAUAAAAAUAAUAAUACCAAUUUGUUUGAUAGAAAUAUUCAUUCUCUAAGAAAAUUUAAUCUUUAUAAAAAUAACAAUAAUAGUAUUUUAAAUAGAUUUAAUAAUAAUUUUAAAAACUUUAAUUUUUUUAAAAAUAUUCUUAUACAUAAAAAUAAAAAAAAUGAUAUGAAAAUAGUAAGAUAUAAUUGUAGUUUAAUAAGAAAUAAUUUUUCUUAUUUAUAUAAAGGAGUAAAUGUUGUAAUGCUAGGAUGUAUUCCUGCUCAUGCUAUGUAUUUUUCAACUUUUGAGUACAGUAAAAAAUAUUUUUCAAAUAUGAAUUCAAACAACUCAGCUAUAAGAAUUUUAAAUAAUAACAAGAAUGAAGCAAUUAAUUACAAAUUGAAUUAUUUCAGUAUAAUAAUAUCAGGAUUUUUAGCAACGAUAGCUCAUGAUUUAAUUAUUACUCCUGUAGAUACACUAAAACAAAGGAUACAAUUAGGGAUAAAUAAAAAUGGUUUAGAAUCCAUCAAAGUAUUAAAAGAAAAUGGUAUAAGGAGUUUAUAUUUAAGUUUACCAAUAACUUUGCUUAUGAAUAUACCUUAUCAAAUUAUUAUGAUUUGUACAAACGAACAAAUGAAAAAAUUUUAUUUUGAAUAUAUAUUUGGUUUUAGUGGAUUAAAUAAAAAUAGUUCUGAAAAUAAAUAUAAUAACCUCGAAGACAAUAACAUAAAAAAAAAAGAUAACAUAAAUAUAGAUGAAAAUAUUAAAAACGUAAGUACUACAAAUGAUAUAAAUAAUAAUAAUAAUACAAAUUUUUAUGAAAAUAAAAAUUUUGAUAAAAUAAUAAAUAACUUAAAAGAAGAAAAGGAUAAGACUAAGUUAAUAAAAUUUUAUAUUGGUCAAGAUAUAUAUUCAAUGAAUAAUUUUAGUAAAAAUAAAGAAAGGAGAUUUUUUCGAGAAGAUGAAGAAAAUGAAGAAACAAAUGCAAAAACAUUUUCUGAUGAAAAAAAUAAUUCGCAUAUUUUAUUUAAGGAAAUUAUUAAAAAAUUAGAAAACAAUUGUAAUGAUGAUCAAAAAAUUUAUGACAAGAAUAUAAGGGAUCCACUAGAUUUUGAAAAGCAAAAAUAUAUGGAUUUAAGAAAUAUUUGGAUGAAUAAUUAUAAAAAUGAAUUUUUUAGUAAACAUUUUAAUCAUAUUACUUCUUAUUUUGUGUGUGCAGGAAUUGGUGGGGGAAUAGCAGCUAUUUUAACUAAUCCAUUUGAUGUUAUAAAAACAAGAAUCCAAACUGAAUGCUUUAAUACAAAAGGAUUCCAUUUCUUUAAAGUUGUUUCAAAUUUAUAUUAUAAAGAAGGCUUAGGCUCUUUUUUUAAAGGAUCUUUGGCAAGAAUGGCAUUAUGUAUACCUGCUUCAGCUAUAUCAUGGGGAUCAUAUGAAACGAUGAAACGAUUUUUUAAAAUUAAUUUUAAUUCAAUUUAA